CCUAUUUGCAACCUACUGCGGGAGAGGUUAGUAACCAAGGAACACAAUCCACUAUUGAAUACCCAUAGACAGCGACAGUCUCCAGGAUACAGUCAUCCCAGUCUGGCUUGAAAUGAUCAUCACUCGAUGCCUAUUUACUACUCUCUGUACCGUAGAACUGUGGCCAUUCAAAGAAUCUCUUUUAGUCAAGCUCCGUCAAUCGAUAAGCGACCCCGCAUCACGUGGCGAUAAGACUCUCAGCGAUUGGCAAAGGAAAAAGAAAAAAGAAAAAAGAAAAGAAAGACAUAUGCGAGAGUACAGAAAGUCUGCAGUAGUGGUUGAGGUUGAGGAGAUAAGAGAAGAAUUAA